AUGUGGAGCAAACGCUGCGUCUUGGCGCUGAUCGCCAGCUGCGUCUUGUGGCUGGCGCUGGCCACCAGAGAGGCUGCCGGCGAGACGAGAAUCGAGGUGGACGAGCACGGGGACGAGUACGAACUGAAGCGAUUCCACAUCCAGGGCCGACAGCUGAACGGGAAUGGCAGCAAGUCGCAGUGCGUGGUGACCAGGCGGAAGCGGGCCAGCGGUCGCUCCUUGGCCCUGGCCGGGCCCAGUGUCUCGGUCAGCUCGCAGCAGCUUAGCCUGAGCGCGGUGCCGGCGCCCGUGGAGCAUCGGGAGGCGGUGCUGCAGCUGGAGCAGGAGCCGGGCAGCAAGCGUCGCUAUGUGGCGCUGGCGGCGGUGCAGCUGGAGGAGGAUGACGAGGACGAGGACGAUGAGGAUGAGGAGGAUGAUGAUGAGGAGGUGGAGGAGGACGAGGCGGAGCAACAGGAACAGCUGGCUAAUGAUGAUGAACAGCAGCCGGAGCAGGUGCAGCUGCAGCUGCAGGUGCAGGAGCAGCCGGUGGCCGCCAUCCAGCAGCACCAGCAGCAGCAGAAACAGUUCUCCGGGCAGAACUCCAGCCCCUUUGUGGGCGCCAGCUUUACCCAGGCUGUGCCCGGCGGCGUCAGCGUGGUUGCCAAUGCGGCCACACACGCCAAUGUGGGCGGGGAUGCGGGCAUCGUUGUGGUCGAAUCGCAGCAGCCGCCCAAGGUGAAUCCCAACACGCACGCGGUCUUCGAGCUGAAGCCCCUGACGCCGCUGAAGCAGACGGAAUUUGUCUACUACGGUGAGGAUCUGGAUCUGGAUGAGGAUGAGAAUGAGGAUGAGGAUGGGGGCGACGAUAGCUUCUACUACGGCGAUCGCUACCAGGGCGUGGGCCUCUACGAUGAGUACGAGCACUUCAUAACCGAGGACAGUCCCGUCAGCACCUCGGCCAUUUGGAGCACGGGCGGCGACGAUGACGAUAUCCAUCCCGUCAUAAAUGAGCCCAAUCAGCGUCCAGUGGAGACCAAGAAGAAGAAGAAGAAGCAGCAGCAGCAGGUGAAGCGCAGAAAGAGCGGACAGAAGAGAAAGCAGCAGCAGCAGCAGGAGCUGGAGAAGGAGAAGGAGAAGAAGAAGCGGCGACCGGCAGAGCAGACGCUGGCAGAACUGGAGCAGCAGCAGAUCAAGAGGAAGCAGCAGCAGCAGCAGCAGAGCGUCAGCAGCGCUGCGGACAAGCCAAAGCCCGCCAAGAAGAAGCCAGCCAGCAGCAGCAGCAGCAGCAGCUCCUCCUCCUCCUCCUCACCCGUCAAGCGGCGCAAGACCAAGCCCAGUCAGAAGAAGAAGAAGAAGAAGAGCAGACCGAGCAGCUCUGUUAACAAGCGCCGCCGUCCCAGCAGCAGCAGCAGCAGCAGCAGCGGCAGCAGCAGCGACUACAGCUACAGCGACACGAUGGGCGGCUAUAGACGCCGCCGGCCGCAGCAGACGACGGAGGCGCAGCGUCGCCGCCGGCUGCAGCAGAAGCGUCGCCGCCAGCAGCUGCAGCGCCGUCGACGUCGCCGCAACAAGAUACGCAACCAGAACAUCAACGGCGUCGGCGCCGGCGUCGGCUAUCGUCGUGAAUACUUCGGCGACGAGCCGAUCGUCAAUUGCAUCUACAUCAACAAGGAUCCGCCGACGACGACGACGACAACGACGCCGCGUCCCUUCUGGAAUCUGCUGGGACGCGGCGCGGCCGCGGACGCCGCCGCGGAGCAGACGCUGCGUCGCCGCAGCGGCGUAUUCGGGCAGCGCAAGCGCACAAAUCUCAAAUUUGUGGCCUAA